AUGGAGAACCUCGAUACUCUCUCGGCGGCCGGUCUGCCCGUGUUCGACCUAAACGCGCAGAGUCUCGACGAGAAUGACUGGUCUCAGUGCCCACUGGGACCGCGCGAGUCCUGGCCGUCGUCGCUGACAUGUCUCGUCAACUCGUGUGUCUUGCCCAUGCCCCACUGCGCCGCCAUCUUCUGGGGCAGCGACCUCGCCGUCGUUUACAACCUCGCCUGGGGGCGCGCGCGAAGUAACCUCGACGGGCAGGGCACUUCUGCCAACUACAGCUACUCCGAUGAAGCCCUCCGCGCCCUGCGCUCCGUCGUACGCGGCCGCUCGGUCAAGGUAGUCGCCCGCCUUUUCCUCAAGGACCUCGAUGACCCUGAGUCGCAGAUCCUACUUAGCACCCUCGUCGAUGACAAAGGCACCCGCCAGGGCGUCCUGGCCCAGAUGCUGCAGAACAACUCGGUCGAGAAGUACCUGUCGCUCAAGGGACUUACUAAGCUUGCGCGCGAAAACCCCAGCAGGCAGCUGAAGGACUCCCAAUCGCAACAGCAGGGAAAAGGUGACGUGGGACUACAGCCCGAUGCACGACAGACCCAGCUAUUCGCGAGGUUUGCCGAGCUGCUUCCGAACGGCCUCGCCAUUCUCGAUGCCAAAGCCGAGGCCAUGUUCGUCAACGAUGAUUUCUUCAAGCUGACGACGAACAAGGGCCAGAACGAAUUCCGCGCCUGGCCUGAGAGCAUUCAUCCGGAUGACUAUGACAAUGUCAUGAGUGCCUACCGCAAAGCCUUCUCCUCUCGCGAUGAAUUAAGGAUCGAAUUCCGAUGUGUCGGUGAUAACGCUGCUGGCCACGAAGAAUGGCGGUUGUUCCUGCUCAGGCCACUUGGCGAGGAGGCCGAGGCCGGAUUCAUCAGUGCCAUUGUCGACAUUACUGAGAUUAAGAACGCCCAACUUACGCAAGAACGAGCCGCCACUGAAGCGCGAGAGCGCAAAGAUCAGCAGGAGAGGUUCAUCGACAUGAUUUCGCACGAGAUUCGCAAUCCGCUCAGCGCCGUCCUGCACCUAGCCGAAGAAGUCAAGGAGGUUACCCGUGAGAUUGGGAACAGCCACACGGAGCUGCACGACCAGGUCGCAGAUAUUAUGGACGCUGCAGAUACAAUACUGCUGUGCGUCUCCCAUCAGAACAACCUUGUCGACGACAUACUAUCCUUCUCAAAGCUUGAUUCCAUGAUGCUAACUCUUAUCCCGCAUGAAGUACGGCCGAAAUGGGAAUUCUCUACGUUCCUCAAGGUGUUUCAAUCUGAGUUCAGAGCAAAGAACAUCAAGUUUCAUUAUGCAAUGGAUGUUUCGUACGACGAACUCGAAGUUGAUCACGUUAUUGCCGAUCUUAAUAGGAUGAAACAAGUUCUGGCUAACUUGAUCACAAAUGCAAUCAAGUUCACAUCUCAGAAGCACGGUGAGAGGAAGAUUGUUGUCUCCUUAGGUGCCUCUAUGGAGCAUCCAACCUCGUAUCCACCUAACAUGAUAUUCUUUGGUCGGGAUGAAGAAGCGUUCCACGUUGACUCGACGAUAACCUCUGAGUGGGGUUCUGGGGUCGCUUUUUACCUCUUGAUAGCUGUCAAGGACACAGGCAUAGGUAUAAACGAAGAGGAUCAAAAGAAGUUAUUCGAGCGAUUUCGCCAAGCAACACCAAAAACGCAGGAGAGAUAUGGAGGCUCGGGGUUAGGUCUUUUUAUAUCCCGCAAACUCUGCCAACUACAUGGCGGCGACAUUGGUGUAAGCUCCAUAGAAGGGGAGGGUUCAACGUUUGGAUUCUUCUUCAAAGUUCGGCGUUCAGACGGCCGACCAUCAUGCCAAUCUCGAAGUAAUUCUGACCAAAGCGCUCAACCAUCCAAUCGCGCCCAGACCCCGCGGCCUUCGUAUAGUCCUGCGAAUCCCAACUUCCUAAACAUUAAAGAGGGAAAGAAAGAAACACGGCCUGAAGCUCAGACGCUCACAAGCCAUCGGGGGAUCGACAUCGACAAGGUCGAUGACUCUCUCAAGAACCCACCAACGGAGUACAGAGCAGAAGCACAUCCAGAAUCCUCCGAAGACAACUGGACCGGGGAGACGAAACGGACCGUGAGUCAAGUUCAACGCGAGAGUACAUCCACCACCACCGCUAUCGAAGACAAGCUGUUCAACCUGGGAGGAAGCGACACGACGAGCCAACAAGAUGCAGCGGACACUGUAUCAUUAUCGAACAGCCAGAAGAGCUUCGAAACCAGAUGCACCAUCCUUCUCGUAGAAGACAACAUAAUCAACCGGAAAGUCCUUCGUCGCCAACUACAGUCCCGAGGCUUUGAAGUUUUUACCGCAAGCAAUGGGCAAGAAGCCGUCGAUGCUGUUGCAAAGCGUGGCCAGAACGUACCCGAAGAUACUAACGACCGCAAUUACUUUGACUGCAUUCUCAUGGAUCAAGAAAUGCCCAUCAAAGACGGGAACACGGCAACGCAGGAAAUUCGAAAGUUGCAAGAGGAGGGCAAGAUAGGCUACUCGCGGAUUCUGGGCAUCAGUGCCAAUGUAAGAGAGGCGCAGAGGAAGGGCAUGAUCGAUGCAGGCAUGGACGAGGUCAUCAGCAAGCCAUUCAAAGUGGAAGACUUGGUCAAAAAAUUCAGAAACGUCAUCCGCGCAGAUGUAGACGCCAAUGGUAAAGGAAAUCAAAGUCCAGAGGACAGCAACGCUACUACGGACAAAGGCGCAAAGCCACACCAAGACGGAACCGUAUUCGAUGCAAGAAAUGACGUCGACUGGAGUGGUGGGCAGCGAGACAAGGAUGGGCGUGGAGGCGAGCGACAAAGAGACAGAAGAGAGAGGUGGUAG